AGAUGGAGGCGGCAGGAGCGCUGGCGAGCUUAGCACCAUCUCCUAUCACUGUGCUGGGACUGAUACCACUCCUGGCUAUUGGGAUUACGUAUUUCAGAUAUCAGCAAUUCGAUCCAGAAUCUUAUAUCACGGAUGUCAACACUAUUCUACCAAUCUACGACUUCGUGGUGAUCGGCGGCGGCUCCGCUGGUGCGGUGGUGGCGUCGCGUCUCUCAGAAGUAGGAAACUGGACUGUUUUACUGCUAGAAGCCGGACAAGACGAGAAUGAAAUCUCCGACAUCCCAGCCCUGGCUGGCUAUACUCAACUCUCCGAAAUGGAUUGGAAAUUUCAAACAACACCAUCCCAUAACCGUUCGUACUGCCUUGCCAUGAACGGGGACCGUUGUAAUUGGCCGAGGGGUAAAGUGCUUGGAGGCUGCAGCGUUCUUAACGCUAUGGUCUACGUGAGAGGCAAUCGCAAAGAUUACGAUUUAUGGGAAGCCAUGGGCAAUCCAGGAUGGUCAUACGAUCAAGUGCUCCCUUACUUCAUAAAGUCGGAAGACAAUCGCAACCCUUACUUGGCUGAGACGCCGUACCACGGCACUGGCGGGUAUCUUACGGUACAAGAGGCUCCAUGGCGGACGCCACUGUCCGUUACGUUUUUGAAAGGUGGCAUGGAACUGGGUUAUGAAUUUCGCGACAUAAACGGCGCAAAACAAACUGGUUUUAUGCUGACCCAGGCGACCAUGCGGCGUGGGAGUAGGUGCAGCACGGCUAAGGCGUUUAUACGACCCGUGCGCCACAGAACUAAUCUACACGUUGCGUUGGGUGCUCACGUCACUAGAAUAUUAAUCAAUAAUGUUAAGAAACAAGCGUAUGGCGUCGAAUUUUAUAGAAACGGGGAGCUGCAUAAAGUGAGGAUAAAACGGGAGGUUAUAUCAUCAGCAGGCGCACUUGCAUCGCCGCAAAUAUUAAUGUUGAGCGGGAUCGGUCCAGCGGAGCAUUUGAAAGAACACGGCAUACCAAUGGUCGCUAAUCUCAAAGUAGGUCACAACUUGCAGGACCACGUCGGUCUUGGCGGCUUAACUUUUGUUGUAAAUAAGCCUGUUACAUUCAAGAAGGACAGAUUUCAAACUUUUGGGGUGGCGAUGAAUUAUAUAUUAUACGAGAAAGGGCCACUGACAACGCAGGGAGUGGAAGGAUUAGCUUUUGUUAAUACGAAGUAUGCUCCACCAUCAGGAAACUGGCCCGAUAUACAGUUUCAUUUUGCCCCAAGUUCUGUCAACUCAGAUGGUGGCGAGCAGAUUCGCAAAAUCCUCAAUCUCCGUGACAGGGUUUACAACACGGUCUACAAGCCGAUAGAAAAUGCGGAAACUUGGACAAUCUUGCCUUUACUGCUGCGUCCAAAAAGCUCAGGCUGGAUAAAAUUAAAAAAUCGAAAUCCCUUCAUUCCACCUAUUAUAGAACCGAACUACUUCGCUUAUAAGGAAGACAUUCAAGUUUUAACGGAAGGGAUAAAAAUUGCGUUCGCGCUAUCGAACACGACUGCAUUCCAAAGAUAUGGCUCACGACCUCAUACGAUACCACUGCCAGGUUGCCAGCACCAUGUCUUGUUUAGCGACGAGUACUGGGAAUGCAGUUUGAAGCAUUUCACUUUCACCAUAUACCACCCAACAGGAACCUGCAAGAUGGGUCCAAAGUCAGAUCGCGACGCGGUUGUUGACUCGAGGCUUCGCGUACACGGAGUAGCAAACCUAAGGGUCGUGGACGCCAGCAUAAUGCCCACCAUAAUCAGUGGGAACCCUAACGCCCCCGUCAUUAUGAUCGCGGAGAAAGCAUCCGACGUUAUAAAGGAGGACUGGCUUGUGUUAUGACAUGUGUGACGAUAUAUCUAAUUUCUAAGUCAUGAACUAUUCUUAUAUUUAUGUCACAAAAUACUUUAGCUUUAAAGCAUAUUUUUUGUUAAGACUGUAAAUAGAUAUUUUAAUAAUUUUAUAUAAAAUAAACCUUUUUAUUUGUUUUA